CCGCCCCGCCCCGCUCCCGGCACCCACCGUGCGGGCGGGCCGGCGGAGCGGAGGGCGCGCAGCUGGUGGCGCAGGAAAUAAACGGCUUCUAAUGCGAGGAGCACGAUGAAAUUCGGUUGCCUUUCUUUCCGACAGCCCUACGGAGGGUUGCUUCUAAACCAAGUCAAAACAGUAGAGACUCGCUGGCGUCCUUUGCUAGCACGCUACAAGAACUGCACCAUUGCUAUUCAUAUAGCUGUUAGGGACUGGGAAGAUGAAACGUGGAGAGAAAUUCUUCUGAAUAGGUUCGGCAUGACACCGAAACAACUGCAAGAUUUGUUGGAUGAAGGGGAAAAAUUUGGCAGGGGAGUUAUUGCAGGAUUAAUUGAUGUUGGAGAGACAACACCAUAUCCAGUACACCUGCCUCCUGAAGAGAUUCUGGAGCUGGAAAAGAAAGCUGUCCUCAGUAAUCUACAAGGGAAAUACUUGACUGUUGUUUCAAAUCCCAGAUGGCUCCUGGAACCAAUUCGUGCCAGAGGAAAAAAAGGGGUGUGGGAGGUGGACAUCCCUGAAGAACUGAUCCUUUCAGAAUUGUAGCUGUUACCCCUUACUAUUAUCUUUUCCUGCCUAAAUGCAGACUUGUAUUUAAGGUGCUGACUUUUGAAUUACAUCAGCAUUUUGUCUAGGAUUCUAUUCCAAAACUAUUUGAAAUGGCAAAUACAUUUUUGAGGCAAACCAAACAA